AUUUUUUUCAUUAAUACAAUGGUAUGACAACAAAAGUAAUUUGUCGUUCAUUUAAAAUUUAGAAAUUCAAAUUCGUUCCAAAUUUAGAAUUCCAUAGCUUAUUGUUUUUAGCAACUAUUUUGCAGUGUUAGGAUCUUAUUGCUCAUAUUAUGUCUUUAAUAUAUCUGUAUAGUUAUGUAAAUACUUCUUGUAUUGCUUAUUUUUUUAAUAUUUUUUUAUUGUAAUAUGCUUUUUGGCCAGAUGUUUUGUUAAUUUUUAUGUACAAUAUUGUUAUUCUUAAGGGACUUUGUCCCAAAAUAAAGUUGAUUCUUCUAUUCUAUGUAGUAAUUUUAUUAUAAGUUUAAUCAUUGGCCUACUUUCAUUGUUUUAGUGCCCCACACAAUCGGAGGAUACCAGUGUGGAGACAAUUGAAAACAUCGAUACUGAAGAAAGAACAGUAGAACAAAAAAUAAUAGAUCAACUUUUUUUGAAAAAUGAAAUGCUAUAGAAACUGAAUCUUUUAAAUUCAAGCAAUUUCAAGAACAGGCCGAAAAGAAACUAAGUGGUCUAAUAAAAACAGAAAAAGAGAGAGGCGAGCUUCAAGUAAAAAAGUAAAGUAAAGGCAAUCAGUUCGUUGGAACAGUGCAGAAAUUUCGAACGCGUUUGCGAUCAGAUACUUCCGUAUAAAAUGUUAUUCUUUUUUAAGAGACCAACUUAAUUACCCAUUGCCUGGCCUCUCCUCUCCUAGAAGGUGGGCAAGCAAAAUAGAUCUAAGCAGAGGGUUCCUCUAUGAUGUAAUUAGAUUUAUAAAAAUCAAAUCAUUAACUACGACCGAUCUCGAAAAACUGACAGUUAUACAAUUUGAUGAAAUGACAGUUAUACAAUUGAAAGUUUCAUCAAUGUAUGAAUAUUAUAAUAUGAAAGACCAAGUAAUUGGUCCUUACUCUCAAAUGCAAAUGAUCAUGGCGAGAGAGCUUACAUUAAAUUGGAAGCAACCAAUUUAUGUAGGUUUUGACCAAAAGGUUACUGCAGACAUUUUAAUGGAAGGCAUUAGAUUAUUAAACGAAAUUGGCUACAUCGUUUGCGCUUGCAAUAUAAACUGUGGAAAUGGAAACCGUGGACUUAAGACGCAUUUGGGAAUCGAUAUAGAUAAUGCAUUUUUUAUUAACCUUUGUGAUAAAUUGAAAUAAAUUUUUGUUUUUGCUGAUGGCCCACACCUGUUAAAAUUAAUCAGAAAUCGGUUCUUAGAUGAGGGGUUAGUUUUAAAAAAUUUAAAAAUUAUUUCAAAGCAGCCAGUGUAAGAUUUACCUAAUGUUAGGUUACCCGAAGAUUACUUCAUGUUAUAAACUGACUCAAAUUCUUGUAAAAAACACAACGGCAGAGCGUAAGGUUGGCAGCAGAACUAUUUUCUCAUGGUGUUGGAACUGCAUUAAAGCGGUAUCACGUAGGAAAUUAAAAGCUGGCGGAAGAUACAGAUGAUUUCAUAUUAAUGAUAAAUAAAUGGUUCGACAUCAUGAAUUCUUACUCAAUGAAAGGCUCAAUACCCUCAAAACAUGCAUUUGGUAUAAAUAUGCCUGCUCAAAUUGAAAUAUUACAGGUCAUUAACACGGCAUUGACUAUGAGGUGUGCCUCAAAAUCUUCUUUACUCGUAUUUCAAUAAGGAAUAAUUAUUUCUUCUAAAUUUUUAAUCAGCCUCUAUAAUGAGAUUAAAAAAAAAAUCACGUAGAAUUAUUUUUUAUAUGUAUUCAUAAAUUAAACCAAGUUUGCUUUGAAAUUUUUGUUGGCCAAAUACGGAUACGAGGAGGGUUCAAUGAUCACCCUUUCCCAUUAUCAGCUCUUCACUGAAUAAAGUUAAUUAUUUUGGGUUAAAAUCCAGGAUGUGUUAAAACUAAGACCAACACUCCCAUGGACGAUGAAGAAUUCAUGGUCGCAGACGUUAUGAAUAAAUCAAAUGUACCUGUAGAAGAAUUAGAAGGUUCUUUACAAUUAAAAGACGUGGAAAUUACGUCCGAAAUCGGAAAUUCCUCCCCCACCUCUAAUUGAAACACCCAGCAAAUUAUAGAAAAAGCUGGCUCAGACCUCGUAACAUGUUGAUGGGUUAAUGUUUUGGUAGCCAGAUUGGUUCAACGACCCCUGCGCUGGUCAGUGGAAAGUGAAGCCUUUUAACCUUUGAGUGGGGGAAGCGUGAAACGAGGAAAGGUUAUCACAAAAGUUGCGGAGAACGGUCUCAUCGGCCGAUGCUCGCUUGGUUUUUAUGUUUAGUCAAUAAUGUGGGGAGCCGGGCUGACGUCAUCUCUAAUAUAAGUCUUGUAAGGACUACAAUUGUUCCUCUAGAAGAUAUUCACUUGCAAUGGCACCUCUCCGAUAUUCUCAUGCACUCGUUUGCCGUGUUUCUUCGUCUUUUGCUGAAGAAGACUCAGCUGAGCAGGCCAAACUUCAACACGAAGCCUAUGUUAGAGCCCUUAGAGACCUGGGCUUGGAUGUGAUAGAAAUGCCACCUGAUGAGACACUCCCCAACUGUGUUUACAUCGAAGAUACAGCCAUAAUUUGUAAUGGAAUCGUUCUUAUAGCCAAACCUAAGGAUGAGAAACGCCUCAAAGAGGUUGAUAUUGUUCGGGCAGUAUUGAAAAAAGAAUUAGAACUUCCUGUUGUUGAAGUCGUUGAUGAACAAGCUUACUUGGAAGGAGGAGAUGUCUUGUUUACAGGGCAAGAAUUUUUUGUUGGAAUAUCUGACUUCACAAAUGAGGCUGGGGCAAGAGCAUUGGCUAGAGCAUUCCCAGAAUUUCCUUGUGCUCCUAUCAAGGUACCUGAAAAAAAACAUUUGAAAGCAUUUAUUUCUAUGGCUGGGCCAGAGGUAUUAUGUAUUAGUUCUGAAAAGGCUUCACAAGAUGUCUUGAAGAGAAUAGAAAGAGAAGCUACAUUCGUUUAUCAAACUCUGACUGUUCCUGAAGAAGAUGCUGCUAAUGUCAUGUAUAUCAAUGGAACUUUAAUACAUAGAGCUUCUGAAGAAAUACCGCAGGCUGCAAAGAUUUUUACUGAGAAGAUAGAUUUCAACCGUAAAAGUCUAGCUGUCUCAUAUUUGUGCAAAAACCCUAUGGCUCAUUUAAGCUCCUGCUGCUUACUUUUGCGCAAGUCAAAACAUAUACGCUCUCUUUAAAGACUGAUGCCUGCAUUGAAGGCAGAGACUUCUUCAUGUGCCACCUUUCUCUUCCCUAAUAGCUAAUAUUUAUACCUUUUAAGUUAAUAUGUUUUGUCUCUGGAGCAUCAACCUUUUUAAUGUUAUCAUACUUUAUUUUUAAUUUGUUAGUUAAUUAUCUCAAGCAUUACUAUCAGUGCUACAACUGGUCAAAUUUUAAUUUAUAGAAAAGCUGUUAUUAGCAUAAAAAAGAAAAAGAACAAAAAUAACAUGAGGAACUUCUCAACUCAUUUGUGUCAAAAUGCAAUUAUAAUUAUUAAGAAAAUAUAAAUAUAUUUCUAGUUUAUUCUCCGACGUUUUUGUGAUGAGAAAUAAUUUUAUCAAGAAGAUAACAUUUGUGAUUCAGUUGUUUCUAGGAGUAUGUGACCAACUUGAUACAUACUUUUUGAUGGGCAUUUUAUUUAACUUAAAUCCAGAUAUAUUUAAACAUUUGAGAUAAUUUUCAUAAAACCAAAGAGUUGCUGUAAUGGGAGUUGGAUUAGUUAUUCAAGAUCACUAUGGCAUUAGUUAUCCAAGAUCACUCGAGCCGCUGACAUGAAUAUGCUAACAAUUUUAAAAGUCAGUAGGUUACGUUUGAGAGUUACCUGUUAAAUAUUUGAAUGCAUACUUUAGAGCAGGAGUCUCCAAAUUUGUUGGCCCAUGGGCCGCAUUGAGAUCUCCAUUUAAACGUUCAUGGGCCAUAGCUUUUGAUGAAAAAAAGAAUUCUUGUUCAAUAAAUGACACUUAAGUUGUGAAAUGAGCUUUGAUGAAGAGAAAAAACAUGAAAUAAAUGUUCUAAUAACCUCGUGUGUGAGUAUUUUGCUAAAUUUCAUGUUUUAAAUAUUUUUUAAAACUUUACCAAGUAAUCAAAGAAACUUUCGCGGAUGUAGUUUGGAGACCCUGCUUUAUAGCAUUGUUUGUAUCAUCAUAUAUUUAACAUUUCUACAGAUUUUUUGUUUUCAAUUAUUGCUUAAUUUUAAAGCUAAAUAUUUGCUUAAAGAAAAUUAAUGUAAACAAUACAUAUUGAUUGAAGUUAUUUUAUGUUGAAGAAUUUUUUAUUACUUUAUCUUUUUUUUUUAAUAAUUUUAUUCCCCAUUGAAUUGUCUGUGAUUUUUUACUAGAUAAUUCAGUGGGAGAUCUGCUAGUAUAAUAUUCACACAUUUGAUUGAUUUCAAACCUUAAUUUAUAUGAGAAUUGUUGUCUAUAAUCUUUAUUAAGUGUCAAGAUUUAUUUAUUGUGCACUGUUUGCACAUUGUUUUGCUUAAGAUUUUGCCAUGCGAGCUUUAUUUAAAUAUUUGUUAUUUCUGAGGGGCUCUCAGCUUUGUAUAAAGGUGAAUUGUAACCAAAUGCUAUUUUGCUAUUAAGUUUUUAAAUUUUAUUUUUUUAAUUAUAUUAUUGAACUGAAUAAUAAAAUCCUAAAGGAUUAUUUAUUUGUUUUAUUUUUUUAAGUUUAAAAAAUAGAAAAAUGUUCUUUUUCCAAGUAAUAUAUGAAAGACAUAAUAGGUACAUUCCAUUUAGUUUAAAAAUAAGUGAUUACCAGUUGAAAAUAACUUUAAAAAGACUUCCAAGAUCUGAAAAUGUUAUAUUGUGAUAAUUUUAUAUGUUUAUUUAUUUGAAAAUUUUGGGAUUUUCUUUGAGGCGUUCUUUAAAUUAGUUUAAUAGUUUGAAAGUAAUAAGUAAAAAGUCAGUCUUCAGUGCAAUAAUGAGCAAAUUAAAAAUAUAAAUAUAUAUUGCCUGUAUUUGUUCAUAUUUUACUGUUAUAGAAUUUUAAUUGUGUCUGACACAGUCUUGUAGUUUAAAUUAAUAUAUAAGUGCUGAUUAAGAGAUUAUAUGUAAUUUAUUUUUGUAUCAUCAACUUGUGUUAUUAAUUAAUGUAUCAUAAUUAACUUUAAGAUGAAAGGUUGUUAUUAUUUCUACAGUAAUUAAUUAGGUAAUUUGAUUAAAUAUGAACCAUAUUGUUCUAUAUAUACUGUUAAAUAUGUACCAUACCACUUUUAAUGUCUUGUAAGUUUAUAAUACAAUUCAUAUAUUAUACCAUUUACUUGUGGUUUAAUGAUUAUAAGAUCAGUGAUAAUAUUAUUAAGACCAGUUGAAAUUUAUUUAUUCAACCAAUACGCCACAAAUUAAAAGUUUAAGGUCUCUAAAUUAUAAAAAAUAAUAGAAUAAACAAGACCAAAUCAUAAUCUAGUGGUUUUGCUGUUUUUCUACUUACUGUUGUCAUAAUCAAUAUUGGGUUGUCAUUAAACAAAUUGGAUCAAUUAUACAAACCAAAGUAAGGUUAAGCUUGUAGUCUGAAAUGUGUAUUUCAGUGUAUAUAUGUGCAUUGAAUUAUUGGGGAAAAAAAAAUUUGUAAUAUUUAUUACUUAAUUGUCAAUAUCAGUCAAUAAAGUUUUGUUUUUUUGGUACUUGGUAAAACAAUCUGAUUUUUUUUUUUUAAGGAAGGAGAUGGUCCGGGUUGCGGUCAUAAAUAGGCUAAAUAGUGGUUAAACUAUUUUAUUGAAAGCCGACAUUUCGACCCAACUUUGCAGGUCUUCAUCAGGGAGGUGUGUUCAUCUAGGAGUUUCACUUACAACUCAUAGAUCAGUGAAACUCAGUUCUAAGUGAAACUCCUAGAUGAACACACCUCCCUGAUGAAGACCUACAAAGUCGGGUCGAAAGGUCGGCUUUCAAUAAAAUAGUUUUACCACUAUUUAGCCUAUUUAUGACCGCAACUCCGGACCAUCUCCUUCCUUUAUAAUACAAUGGUCAACUAUUAAAUAUUCAAUUUUUUUUUUGGUUCUACAUAUUGGUAUUGAUACUUGGUAAAAUACAGUAAAAGUGAACUUCAUCAAUUAGCCUAAUUACUGAGUGUUAAAUAAUAAUUAUUUUUUUUUACAGAAGUAAGUCUUCUUUAAAUUGACUUUUCUAAUUAAAUAUGUAAUGUUCCCAGCAUUGUUUCUAUAAAAUAUACUUGUUUGAACCAAAGAAUAAGUUGGACCUUGGAAAUUUCCUUGGUUAUGUUUUUCCAUUUUAAUUGUUUCGUUUUUAUUAUGCACAUUAUUAGCACAAUAAAAUAAUAUACAUGUUUUGUUACCUAAAAUGUUAAUGAAUAAUUGCUUGGUAAUAUAUGAGUCAAGCAUAUUUAUGAUAAAAUAUACAAUUCAUUUAUGUAUGCUUUCAUUUUAUUAAAAAAUAUCACUGUAUCUUCUUCCAUAUUAAGGUGUUUUACUACAGUUUAGUAGUACAUUUUAUAUUUAAAGAAAAGAUAAGAUAAGUGGUAUCAAGAACCAUAUUGUAUUACAAAUUAUUUUUGAUAUUCAAAAAUUUAAUUGUUUUCAUUAAGAUCAUUAACACAAUCAUCAAUGAUUGGUCAAAUUCUUUCUACCCGAGAAUAGAGCUGAUAAUGAUAUCUUACUAUUUUCAAAGGUUUUUAAAUGUCUUAAUAACUCUGACCAAUAGUCAACAUUUUUGACCCUGAUCUGAAGAUAUCAUAACCAAAACAACUUAUUUAAGUAAUUUCCUAUUCUUAAGUUGUUUUUAUUUAUAACACAUCAAAUGAGUGAAAGAUUUUUACCAAUUCAACCCAUGAAUGUUCUUUAUUGAUUGUAUUCCUAUUUCUAAAUACAAGUGCUUGAGAAUUUUUGAAAAAAUAUAGAAUAAUUUGGAAACAAACAAAUUGUCUUCAAACUGGAAAUUAUUGUGGCCUUAAAUAACAUUACCACAAGACUAUAAGCAAUAAACUUUAGGCACUACCGGAUCCAGGAUUUAAUUUUGGGGGAGUUUCAGCCCGAAAGAUUUUUUUUUAUAUGAAAGAAAUUAACUACCUAUAUGAAAUAGUGUUUAAGUAGUUCCUGAAGUCCUAUUACAUGUAAUUACAGGAACAAGAAUACUUUAAGAGAUAGUUUUUAAUAUUUUUUUCUGUAAAACAUGGUUAUAUUUUACCAUUUUAGGGGGGGGGGGGAGACUUCAGCCCGAAAGCCCCCCGUAGAUCCGCCUGUGACCUAAGGCAAUGUGUUUUAAAAUUAGAUAAAAAUAAUUGGAUGGUUAAUGCAUUUUUAUCUCAUCAGUUCAUUUUCUAAAACUAUGCACUAAUUAAUUUAGUAAACUCAUAUCAAAGAGGAACAUCAGUCAUUUUUAAAAAGUUGAGAAUAAGCCAAUAUUUGUAACAAAUCAAUCAAUCUAAACCAAUUUAAACCAAAUCUAAUGAUUGGUUUCCAUGAUUCAACUUGAACAUAAAUUAAAUCAUCAGAAACAGUUCGAGCUAAACCAAUAAAACAAAAAUUGUCUUUUUCUCCUCUUUCUGAAAAUGACAGUCUUUGAGAUGAAGCCACUCAAUUAAUUUAUUGACCAUGUAUUUAUAAGUAAAAUGAAUAUAUGUUAUUGAAUGUAACGCCUUGUGUUUGUGUUUUGUUACAAUGGUUUCAAUUUAGGUCCUUAUUUGGUACGUUAAAUACCUCAAGAUGUUAGAUUUUUUCAAAAGCAGUUUUAAUAGUAUGAUAUCUAUGAAAAUAAUAUAGUUCGAUGUGAAAUAUACAGUUGUUGCGAAUGAGAUUGUUAUAACUAGUUUAUCCGUAAAAGCACAAUUUAAAUGUUAUAAACGCUUUAGAAACUUAUCUGGUAUAUACAAUUUUAUUUAUUGUAAAUGUAUGCUUAGUGCCUAAUUAUAUAUAUUUGUGCAUUUAUAAUUCAUUGUUAGUUUAAUGACCUGUUAUUUUUUUUUAUGAUUAAAUUAAGUGUUAAAAAAUAAUUUUAAAAUUAGCAUUAGACUUUUAAACAUCUUGUUUUAAAUUUUUCUAAUGAGUCAAACCUAACACCUAUUAAAAAAAAAUUAUAUUAACAAUCAGUGAAUUUGAUGUUACAGAUAAAAUAUAACGGCAUAAAGGAGAACACUUUCUCUUAUAUAUUAUAUAUAUUAUUUGUUAAGUGUGGAUAUCCCUCUUCAACUCUCUAAGGAUGUUGCCUGGCAUGUGUGUUGUGGCCCUGUCAUUUCGGUCAAAUGUACUUUAGACUACUGGUACCGGUGGGAGAAUGAAGUCCUGCAAAUAUUGGUCCUUUUUGCCUACCCCAAAGACAAUAAUACCAAUGUUAGUCUACUACACCUCCAUCUGUCUAUAACCUUUUUGUUCUUCUAAUGAAGUUCUAAAGUCAGUGUCAUUUUAUGGAGGAAGCUUCCUGGAUAAGUUGAACAGGGAAGGGAGGAGGAGGGUGUCCAAUAAUGAAAAAUAAUAUUUUGUAAUUUUAAUUUAAUUAACUAGCUAAUGCAAAAGUUCCUGUUCCCAACUCAUCUCUCAGUAUUUACUUAUUUUUGUAGGAAUUUCUCUGAUUAUUCAUUGAAUAUAUUUCACGUGUACAUCAGCCCAGUUGAUAUUUACUGUUUACACAGUCUAAUUUAACUUUCCCCCUUUUUGUUUCUUCCCUUAUGACAUGUGGUAUUAUCACCAACUGAUGUCCAGUAAGGUGCUCGUUAAAAGGACUCAGCAGGCGGCUCUAUCCCUCCUAGUUCACCAACAAAACAAACAACUGGUCGCAGCCUACGAGAAACACCUUCAAUGACCACACUUGAAUACUUACUACACAAUGCAUUGAAUUAACAUAUUUCCAUACUAUUCUGUCAGUUGUUUUCUGACUAAUAUUUUAUGCAAAUUAUUCGCACGGGCCAGCUAGUUAUUCUAUUAUUUUUCUUUGUGAGACAUGAAUUAUCAAAAUCCAUUUUUAAAAGUUUAUAGAGUCCUAUUAUAUUUAAUAAAUCAAGUAUGAUUAUGACAUUAAUUUUAAUUCAGUAACACAUUUAUUAGAGAAUAGAAAGAGAAGCUACAUUCGUUUAUCAAACUCUGACUGUUCCUGAGGAAGAUGCUGCUAAUGUCAUGUAUAUCAAUGGAACUUUAAUACAUAGAGCUUCUGAAGAAAUACCGCAGGCUGCAAAGAUUUUUACUGAGAAGAUAGAUUUCAACCGUAAAAGUCUAGCUGUCUCAUAUUUGUGCAAAAACCCUAUGGCUCAUUUAAGCUCCUGCUGCUUACUUUUGCGCAAGUCAAAACAUAUACGCUCUCUUUAAAGACUGAUGCCUGCAUUGAAGGCAGAGACUUCUUCAUGUGCCACCUUUCUCUUCCCUAAUAGCUAAUAUUUAUACCUUUUAAGUUAAUAUGUUUUGUCUCUGGAGCAUCAACCUUUUUAAUGUUAUCAUACUUUAUUUUUAAUUUGUUAGUUAAUUAUCUCAAGCAUUACUAUCAGUGCUACGACUGGUCAAAUUUUAAUUUAUAGAAAAGCUGUUAUUAGCAUAAAAAAGAAAAAGAACAAAAAUAACAUGAGGAACUUCUCAACUCAUUUGUGUCAAAAUGCAAUUAUAAUUAUUAAGAAAAUAUAAAUAUAUUUCUAGUUUAUUCUCCGAUGUUUUUGUGAUGAGAAAUAAUUUUAUCAAGAAGAUAACAUUUGUGAUUCAGUUGUUUCUAGGAGUAUGUGACCAACUUGAUACAUACUUUUUGAUGGGCAUUUUAUUUAACUUAAAUCAGAUAUAUUUAAACAUUUGAGAUAAUUUUCAUAAAACCAAAGAGUUGCUGUAAUGGGAGUUGGAUUAGUUAUUCAAGAUCACUAUGGCAUUAGUUAUCCAAGAUCACUCGAGCCGCUGACAUGAAUAUGCUAACAAUUUUAAAAGUCAGUAGGUUACGUUUGAGAGUUACCUGUUAAAUAUUUGAAUGCAUACUUUAGAGCAGGAGUCUCCAAAUUUGUUGGCCCAUGGGCCGCAUUGAGAUCUCCAUUUAAACGUUCAUGGGCCAUAGCUUUUGAUGAAAAAAAGAAUUCUUGUUCAAUAAAUGACACUUAAGUUGUGAAAUGAGCUUUGAUGAAGAGAAAAAACAUGAAAUAAAUGUUCUAAUAACCUCGUGUGUGAGUAUUUUGCUAAAUUUCAUGUUUUAAAUAUUUUUUAAAACUUUACCAAGUAAUCAAAGAAACUUUCGCGGAUGUAGUUUGGAGACCCUGCUUUAUAGCAUUGUUUGUAUCAUCAUAUAUUUAACAUUUCUACAGAUUUUUUGUUUUCAAUUAUUGCUUAAUUUUAAAGCUAAAUUUUGCUUAAAGAAAAUUAAUGUAAACAAUACAUAUUGAUUGAAGUUAUUUUAUGUUGAAGAAUUUUUUAUUACUUUAUCUUUUUUUUUUAAUAAUUUUAUUCCCCAUUGAAUUGUCUGUGAUUUUUUACUAGAUAAUUCAGUGGGAGAUCUGCUAGUAUAAUAUUCACACAUUUGAUUGAUUUCAAACCUUAAUUUAUAUGAGAAUUGUUGUCUAUAAUCUUUAUUAAGUGUCAAGAUUUAUUUAUUGUGCACUGUUUGCACAUUGUUUUGCUUAAGAUUUUGCCAUGCGAGCUUUAUUUAAAUAUUUGUUAUUUCUGAGGGGCUCUCAGCUUUGUAUAAAGGUGAAUUGUAACCAAAUGCUAUUUUGCUAUUAAGUUUUUAAAUUUUAUUUUUUUAAUUAUAUUAUUGAACUGAAUAAUAAAAUCCUAAAGGAUUAUUUAUUUGUUUUAUUUUUUUUAAGUUUAAAAAAUAGAAAAAUGUUCUUUUUCCAAGUAAUAUAUGAAAGACAUAAUAGGUACAUUCCAUUUAGUUUAAAAAUAAGUGAUUACCAGUUGAAAAUAACUUUAAAAAGACUUCCAAGAUCUGAAAAUUUUAUAUUGUGAUAAUUUUAUAUGUUUAUUUAUUUGAAAAUUUUGGGAUUUUCUUUGAGGCGUUCUUUAAAUUAGUUUAAUAGUUUGAAAGUAAUAAGUAAAAAGUCAGUCUUCAGUGCAAUAAUGAGCAAAUUAAAAAUAUAAAUAUAUAUUGCCUGUAUUUGUUCAUAUUUUACUGUUAUAGAAUUUUAAUUGUGUCUGACACAGUCUUGUAGUUUAAAUUAAUAUAUAAGUGCUGAUUAAGAGAUUAUAUGUAAUUUAUUUUUGUAUCAUCAACUUGUGUUAUUAAUUAAUGUAUCAUAAUUAACUUUAAGAUGAAAGGUUGUUAUUAUUUCUACAGUAAUUAAUUAGGUAAUUUGAUUAAAUAUGAACCAUAUUGUUCUAUAUAUACUGUUAAAUAUGUACCGUACCACUUUUAAUGUCUUGUAAGUUUAUAAUACAAUUCAUAUAUUAUACCAUUUACUUGUGGUUUAAUGAUUAUAAGAUCAGUGAUAAUAUUAUUAAGACCAGUUGAAAUUUAUUUAUUCAACCAAUACGCCACAAAUUAAAAGUUUAAGGUCUCUAAAUUAUAAAAAAUAAUAGAAUAAACAAGACCAAAUCAUAAUCUAGUGGUUUUGCUGUUUUUCUACUUACUGUUGUCAUAAUCAAUAUUGGGUUGUCAUUAAACAAAUUGGAUCAAUUAUACAAACCAAAGUAAGGUUAAGCUUGUAGUCUGAAAUGUGUAUUUCAGUGUAUAUAUGUGCAUUGAAUUAUUGGGGAAAAAAAAAUUUGUAAUAUUUAUUACUUAAUUGUCAAUAUCAGUCAAUAAAGUUUUGUUUUUUUGGUACUUGGUAAAACAAUCUGAUUUUUUUUUUUUAAGGAAGGAGAUGGUCCGGGGUUGCGGUCAUAAAUAGGCUAAAUAGUGGUUAAACUAUUUUAUUGAAAGCCGACAUUUCGACCCAACUUUGCAGGUCUUCAUCAGGGAGGUGUGUUCAUCUAGGAGUUUCACUUACAACUCAUAGAUCAGUGAAACUCAGUUCUAAGUGAAACUCCUAGAUGAACACACCUCCCUGAUGAAGACCUACAAAGUCGGGUCGAAAGGUCGGCUUUCAAUAAAAUAGUUUUACCACUAUUUAGCCUAUUUAUGACCGCAACUCCGGACCAUCUCCUUCCUUUAUAAUACAAUGGUCAACUAUUAAAUAUUCAAUUUUUUUUUUUGGUUCUACAUAUUGGUAUUGAUACUUGGUAAAAUACAGUAAAAGUGAACUUCAUCAAUUAGCCUAAUUACUGAGUGUUAAAUAAUAAUUAUUUUUUUUUACAGAAGUAAGUCUUCUUUAAAUUGACUUUUCUAAUUAAAUAUGUAAUGUUCCCAGCAUUGUUUCUAUAAAAUAUACUUGUUUGAACCAAAGAAUAAGUUGGACCUUGGAAAUUUCCUUGGUUAUGUUUUUCCAUUUUAAUUGUUUCGUUUUUAUUAUGCACAUUAUUAGCACAAUAAAAAAAUAUACAUGUUUUGUUACCUAAAAUGUUAAUGAAUAAUUGCUUGGUAAUAUAUGAGUCAAGCAUAUUUAUGAUAAAAAUAUACAAUUCAUUUA